AAAAAUGCUAUUAAAAUUUUUUAGGGUCCAAACGUGUUCUUUUUUCCGAAAAAUGGUCAAAAUACAAAAAAUGGGACUGAAUUUUGCAGCAUAAUCGGUCGUUGUUCAGCCCGUGCGUUCCCGUGGAACAGCAAAUUUUGAAACGGACUGGAUGCGGCCGCUGUCCACCGUCACUGUGAUGAGUGCCAACGGCCCAACGCGGCCCUUGCGCUUCCCUCCCGACCAACCGCCUCGACCUUGCGCAAGACGUGGCACGUCGAACGCCACAAGGACUCAGUCCACACUCCACAGGGAAGGAGGGAGCAGGAGAGGUAGGUAGCCAAGAAGAUCGGUUCCAGCGGCAGGCGCGAGCGAGGCGUGACCGAUGGCGGCCGCGUCGCUGCUGAGCCGGGCGCGGUGGCUCCUGGUGGAGCACCCGGCCGUGGCCUCGUUCCGCUGGCAGCCAGGCCGCACGGUCGGCGCGACGCCGUCCUUCGCGGCCGCCGUCAUCUGCGGCUACCUCGCCGCGGUGCUCGUCCUCCGCCGCCUCGUCCUGCCCCGCCUCCCGGCGCUGCCUCCGCCGGCGCUCCGCGCGCUCUCCGCCGCCCACAACGCGGUCCUGCUGGCGCUCUCCGCCGCCAUGGCCGGCGGGUGCGCGCUGUCGACGGCCGCGACGGCGCCGGCGCCGCGGUGGGCGUGGGCCUUCUGCUUCCCGCCGCGGGGCGCCACGGAGGCGUCGGGGCCCGUCUUCUUCUGGGCGCACGUGUUCUACCUCUCCAAGGUGUACGAGCUCGGCGACACGCUGCUCAUCCUGCUCGCCCGCCGCCCGCUCACGCUGCUCCACGUGUACCACCACGCGCUCGUCGUGGCCAUGUGCUACCUCUGGCUCGCCACCCGGCAGUCGCUGAUGCCCGUCGCGCUCGUCACCAACGCCGGCGUGCACGUCGUGAUGUACUCCUACUACCUCUCCUGCAGCGUCGGCCUGCGCUGGCCCGGGCGGUGGAAGCGCGCCGUCACGGAGCUGCAGAUCGCGCAGUUCCUCUUCAGCUUCGCGGCCUCCGUGGUGAUGCUGUGGCUCCACUUCGCCGCUGGCGGCUGCGAGGGGAUGGCCGGCUGGGUGUUCAACGCCGUCUUCAACGCGUCGCUGCUCGCGCUCUUCCUCAACUUCCACGGCGCCGCCUACAAAGGCGCCGCCAAGGCCAACAAGGGUAAAGCGGAAUGACGCGGCCGACAAGCUUUAAUUUGCCGGCAACCAAAAUCCUCGUGAGAUUUAAUUGGGACCAAUUGUUUAAUGUUGCUUCUUCGCCAAAUUAUUACUGAUACGAAGUCUGUCUGAAAUAAUUGUUCGAAAAAGAAUGGCAUCGAUCGCCCUUGAAUUAUGGGUGAAUUUUCCA